CGAGACCAUUUCAGUUUCGCAAAAGCCCACCCUCUAGACAACCGCAAAUAGCUCCAUACGCACACAAAAUCAUCCUCUCAACCACAAAAACACCACCAGCGGCAGCCACCUUACACCAAACCUUACAUCGUCUAAAGUUUGCUGUACUUAUCUGCUGGCUGAGAGGUUCUUGUCAAUCAAAGUUCUAAGAAAUUUUUCAUAAAGGUGUGAUUAAUUCAAGCAUUAAUUCUGAGCCAGGCUAAGCUGUUCAUUCCAAUUGGAAAAAACAGCUUCCAGUAUUAGUUUCGAUUGUAGAGUAGCCUUGCAGCUUUUGCUUUAGAGUAGCCUUGCAGGUUUUGCUUACACUGUUGGUGUUUGGCAAGUUCACACGUAGCUUGACUAAUUUUAUUUACACUUGAGAGGGAAAAGAAGAUAAGAAGAACCCGGAUUGGGUGAUGGCAGCUGCAAAGCUACACUUGUCUGUUCGUCCUUUUUGUCGUUCUUUUAUCUCUUCAGCAAGAAUGCUUGAAGAAUCCGUUAAAGUUGUGGUGGAAGCAAAAAGAUAUGAACAGAUUCCUGAUGUUCUAAAUUCCUCUAAAGUCCAUAAUCCGAAUCCCUUUUUAUUUUUAUCUACCUUCCGCGAAAACACAAAAGUCCAAAUUGUUGGUGAAAUUUUACAAUCUUUUACUCCAAUCAGGCCUCGGUCUCGACCUCGAAUUGCAUAUUCCUCUCUCCUUUCCUAUACCCUCCAAAGUUCAAAUCCUCUCCCACUUGCUCUUGCCAUUCUCCAGCGUACCCUUCGCUCUGGCUGCCUUCCGGUACCUCAAACUCACCUCCUCCUCUCCACUGCAUGGCUUGAAUGUCGGAGUAAAUCUCGUUCUGUUUCAAGCAUAUUGUUGGAAAUGCAGGAUAUUGGAUAUACCCCUGAUUGUGGCACUUGCAAUUACCUGAUCUCAUCGCUUUGUAAGGUCGAUCAGAUAGAUGAAGCAGUUAAUGUAUUGAAGGGCAUGGCCCGUUCUGGUUGUAUUCCGGAUUUGGAAAGUUAUGGUUCUUUAAUUGACAACUUGUCCGAGCUAAGAAUGACGUCUGCUAUCAUAGAGACAUUGAAUGAAAUGGUUGUGAGAUAUGGCUUGAGCCCCAGAAAAGAAACUUUGGUGAAAGCUUUGGCAGCAAUACGGGCGAACAAAGAUAUAUGGAGAGCAAUUGAAGUAAUUGAGCUUUUACAAAAUGAGGGUGUGCAUGUUGGGUUCGAGUGCUACGAGUUAGUCCUUGAAGGGUGCGUAGAGAACCGCCAAUUUAUUUUGGCUGGAAAAUUUGUGAUAGAAAUGACCCAGAGAGGCUUCAUACCAUACAUAAGGUGUAGGCAAAAGGUUGUUGAAGGUCUGGCAAAUAUUGGUGAGUGGGAACUUGCCAAUGCUGUUAGGCAGAGAUUUGCAGAACUAAGGUCAUAAUUGUGUGCAUACAUGUGAAACAAUAAGCUUUGUAGAAAGGCAUAAAGAAUUAAUGAAAGGGAUCAAGAACAUUAUCCAGAUUGAAGGAGCAUGUGGUUAUAAUAGUAUGACUGUAAUUUCAGAAGCUCCAUGGGGAGUCCUCUCAGAACCCGGGUACUGUAUAUCACUUUUUUGUUUGUUGAUUAGUUUAUGAAACUCAAAGCUCUUUGUGCA